AACACUGUUGAUUUGCGAUAUAGAGCUCCCGUUCUACGUGUUGGACUACGGAUUCAAUUCAUUGUUUGAUUGAGGAUCGUAUACUUUUAACGGCAUGCAGAUACGCCAGCGCAGAUACGGGAAAUGGCCGUCAUGUCGGACACUGACAUGGCAACUGUUCAUUUUUGUCUUCGUGAUUCCCACCGUCAGUGGCCAAAUCCGCUAUUCGAUACCGGAGGAGAUGAGGAAAGGAUCGCUCAUCGGUAACGUAGCACAGGACCUUGGUUUGGAUCUGAAAAGGCUCCGUUCUGGCCGGGCCCGUAUCGUGACCGGGGAAAACAACCAGUACACCGAGCUGAAGACGGACAAAGGGAUUCUCGUCGUGAACGACAGAAUAGACCGAGAGCAGCUGUGUGGAGACGUGACACCGUGCAGCUUCAGCUUUGAGGUGAUUUUAGAAAAUCCCAUUGAGCUGCACAGGGUGACGGUAGAAAUAUUAGACGUAAAUGACCAUGCGCCAACUUUCAAAAAUAACGUAAUUAAUCUAGAAAUCAGUGAAUCUGCAACAAUAGGAUCGCACUUUGAUUUAGAAAACGCUUAUGAUCCCGACGCAGGCCUUAACAGCCUGCAAAACUAUGUGCUAUCCCCUAAUGAUAAUUUCGCUCUGAAGCAGCAGUCCAACGCGGAUGGAAUCAAAUUCGCUGUAAUGAUUUUACAGAAGCCAUUAGACCGAGAGUUGAACCCACACCUCCAUUUGAAGCUCAUAGCAGUAGACGGAGGAACUCCACAGCGAUCUGGUACAGUAAACAUAGAGAUCAUUGUUCUAGAUGCUAAUGAUAAUGCCCCUGUAUUUAAUCAAUCACUGUACACAGCCUCUGUGAGAGAAAAUGCAGCCAUAGGCACCUAUAUAACGACUGUGAACGCUUCAGAUGCCGACAAUGGCUCUAAUGGCGUAGUUACAUAUACUUUUUCCGAUGUGAAGGGAAAAUCUGGGGACAUUUUUGACAUCGACAGCUCAUCCGGCAAAAUAACUGUCGCUGGUAAUAUUGAUUUUGAAAAAGACAAAAAAUAUGAAAUCAGAGUCAUCGCCAAAGACCAGGGAGGCCUGAGUGAUGCAAGCAAAGUUGUCGUCGAGGUCACUGAUAUAAAUGAUAAUGCUCCAGCUAUAAAUAUAAUGUCGUUCACCGGCCUGAUUUCAGAGGACGUCCCUCCAGGCACGACUAUAGCAGUUUUUAACGUGAAAGAUGCUGAUUCUCAAGGAAAUGGUCGGAUUACAUGUUCGGUAGAUCCUAAUCUCCCCUUUAUAAUCCAGUCCUCUUUGACUAAUUAUUAUAAUUUGCUUUCAGAUGUAGCUUUUGAUCGUGAAUCAAUACCAGAAUACAACAUAACCUUACGUGCAACUGAUUCAGGGUCACCUCCACUUUCCACUAAGGCAAGUUUACACUUGAGAAUAUCUGAUGUAAACGAUAACUCUCCAGUCUUUACUAAACCAAAUUAUUCAGCCUACAUAAUUGAGAAUAAUGUCCCUGGGCUGUCAGUUUUCUCUGUGAGCGCACAUGAUUCUGACUGGAAUCAAAAUGCCAGAAUAUCAUACCUUCUAGAGGACACACAGGUCAGUGGCAACCCAGUUUCUUCAUAUGUGUCCAUAAACUCUGAAACUGGAGUUAUACAUACAGUGCGCUCAUUUGAUUAUGAGCAGAUCAAGCAGCUUGUAUUCAUGGUCAAAGCUCAGGACGGAGGCUCUCCUCCACUCAGUAGUAACGUGACAGUGAAUGUACUGAUCCAGGACCAGAACGACAACCCCCCUCAGGUCCUGUACCCAGUCCAGACUGGUGGCUCUCUGGUGGCUGAGAUGGUGCCUCGUUCAGCAGAUGUGGGCUAUCUGGUCACUAAAGUGGUGGCUGUUGAUGUGGACUCUGGACAGAAUGCCUGGCUCUCCUACAAACUGCAGAAAGCCACCGACAGGGCGCUGUUUGAAGUGGGCUCACAGAAUGGAGAAAUCAGAACGAUCCGUCAAGUGACUGAUAAAGAUGCAGUGAAACAGAGACUGACUGUGAUAGUGGAGGACAACGGGCAGCCCUCUCGUUCAGCUACAGUCGUUGUUAACGUGGCGGUGGCGGACAGCUUCCCUGAAGUGCUGUCGGAGUUCACUGACUUUACUCACGACAAGGAGUACAACGACAACCUGACUUUUUACUUAGUGUUGGCUCUGGCUGUAGUCUCCUUCCUCUUCAUCACGUGUCUAGUGGUUAUUAUCUCAGUGAAGAUCUACAGGUGGAGACAGUCUCGCGUCCUGUAUCACUCCAAUCUCCCUGUGAUUCCAUAUUAUCCACCACGUUACUCGGACACUUUGGGGACAGGGACUCUCCAACACGUGUACAACUACGAGGUGUGCAGGACGACUGACUCCAGAAAGAGUGACUGUAAGUUCGGCAGAGCUGGUAGUCAGAACGUGCUGAUCAUGGAGCCCAGUUCUACAGGGACGAUGCAGAGGAUGCAGAGUGAAAAGAGCAUCCUGGAUGAACCUGACUCUCCUCUAGAGGUUGGCCAUUUAUUUUUUUCAUGAAGUUCUAUAAGUGCU